AUGGAUACCGCUAAGAAACCGAAUCAUCCGGAUGACCAUUACAAGGGUGACGAUGAUGUUGAAGAGAUUGAGAACAUCAAAGUCGAUAACAUCAAUAUCCAGACAGAGCUCAGCAGUAUUGAAUCAACAGCCGCCUCUAAAGCAGCCUGGUUGUUCUCAAUCGUCGUCUCCAUUGGCGGAUUCUUAUUUGGUUACGACACGGGAUACAUUUCUUCUGUCCUGGUCACCAUCGACACAUCCCUCGGCCAUGUAUUGAGCACAAAUGAACAAGAAAUGGUGACCUCUUUGACUAGUGGUGGUGCCUUGGUAGGAGCGAUAGGGGCAGGCCUAACCGCCGAUCGAUUCGGUCGUCGCUGGCCAAUCUGGGGUGCUUGUCUGUUGUUUGUGAUCGGCUCAGUGCUUCAGACAUGUGCAUUCUCUGUCGGCCAAUUUGCCACAGGGAGAUUCGUCGUCGGUCUUGGGGUAGGAGGUGCCGCCAUGAUUGUUCCUCUUUACAUUGGAGAGCUGGCUCCUGCGCAAUACCGUGGCCGCAUGGUGGCAUUUAACAACAUGAGCGUGACGUUUGGUCAACUAGUCGCCAGUGCGAUUGGUGCCGGUUUCGCUGGGGUAAAUGGUGAGGGGUGGAGAGCUACUGUAGGAAUUGGGGCAGUCCCAGCUAUCCUACUCGCAGGGCUAUUAGUUAUCUGCCCAGAAUCGCCUCGCCAGCUUGUCUCUCAUGGCAAAGUUGAUGAAGCACAUGCAGUCCUCACACGCAUCUACCCUACGUCUACUGAGGGACAACGUCAAGCAAAAAUCACGUCCAUUGAGCUUUCUCUUCAAGAGACCUCCAAUGGAAUGUCGGAAGAUUCUCUUUGGACUACGCUGAAAAGGGUCUUCAACACUCCGGCAACUGCCCGCGCGGUCGUAACGGCUUGUGUUGUCAUGGCGAUCAGUCAGCUCGGCGGCUUCAACACCUUGAUGUAUUAUGCCGCGUCCUUAUUCUCGAUGGUCGGAUUUAGCAACUCUACUGCAGUCGGAAUCACCGUUUCUGGUACAAAUUUCGUCUUCUCAUUCGUGAACCUUGUCCUUGUUGAUCGAUUUGGUCGCCGAAUCAUUCUAACGGUCACUGUGCUUGGAAUGUCAAUAUGUAUGAUCGUAGCUGUUGUUGCGUUUAUGUAUAUCCCCGUGAAUCUCCAGACUUUGGAAGUAGAAACUUCACAGGUCGGUUGGCCGGGUGAUCUUGUCCUCGUCGCCAUUAUAUGCUACGUUGCAUGUUUUUCAUCGGGUGUCGCCACCAUCGCCUGGAUUGGUAUGGAAUUGAUUCCACUGGAGGUUCGAGCCGUGGGUACCAUGCUGAACACUGUUACCUGCUGGGGCUGUAACAUCAUUAUCUCUUCGACAUACCUCUCUAUGAUGAAAAGCUGGACGCCGAGUGGUACAUUUGGAUUCUAUGCCGCUAUCUGCUUCUUUGGUUGGAUAUUUGUUGUUUUCUUCUACCCCGAGUGCAAAGGUAUGCCACUGGAAGCUGUGCGGGAAGUCUUUAGUAAGGGCUUUGGAGUCCGGUAUUCGAAGCAGUGGCAGAGAGACCAUAAACACGACGCGAAAGUGGAGACAAUUGUUAUGGGUCACUAA